UUGCUCAUUUUGCAAGAAAAACACAACAUACCUGUAGGCGAAACCCAGUGUCUCCGCCCACCUUCAAACUAUAUUUAUGCAGUGUUUUGUCAGUCAGAGCUCACUGAUUGUCUUCAUGAUGACCAUCAUCUCUCUGCUCCUGCUGGUCUCUCUGCUGCCACGCCUGACCUUCACUGUGAAUGGCACAGAAGCAAAAGCCCACUCCAGACCUUACAUGGUUUCUAUUCAAUCGAAUGAGAAACAUGUCUGUGGUGGAUUCCUCAUUUCUGAUGAGUUUGUGUUGACUGCUGCACAUUGCUGGAACGGAUCUGAGACUCUGACGGUUGUGGUUGGUGCUCAUGACUUAAGGGAAAGUAAGAAUUCAGAUCGUAUUGGAGUGAAGUCCUACAUCCCACAUCCAAGAUAUAUGGCUCAAUUUUCUUGGAAUGACAUCAUGCUUUUGAGGUUACAGGAAAAAGUCAACAUAAACAACUAUGUUGAAUGGAUUUCAUUACCAAAGAAAGGAGAAGAUGUUGAGGCAAACACUCUCUGUAGUGUUGCGGGUUGGGGAAGACUGGAGACUAAUGGGUCAUUGAGCGAUCGUCUAAUGGAGGCAAAUGUGUAUAUAAUGAAUAAAAGAGAAUGUUACGACAGGUGGGGAGAGAAGUUCUCAGUAACACAGAUGAUGUGCACAUGUGGCCAUGGUGGAUCCUGCCGUUUUGAUUCUGGGGGUCCUUUGGUUUGUGGACACACUGCAGUUGGUGUCACAGCUUUUGGAUAUAAAUUACUCUGCAAUUCACCUGAGAAACCUAAUGUGUAUAUUAAGAUUUCACCAUAUAUUCCAUGGAUAAACGACACAAUUAGAAAUAAGAAGUGAGUGAAGUUCUUGAAUUAUUCUGCAUGACCUCUUUGAAUAAAAGUAUCACUUGG